AUGGCGACACUCGUUCCUCCGCCUACUAAGCGCCAGAAGGUGGCGCAGGUCGAGAAGGCGAAACAGCAGCAAGAGAUCCAGAGUAUCCCCACCGACCUGGGCAGCGUCCGGGUACAAUUCUUCGACCAAGCCACCGGCAAUGCUACUGGCCCUGCGGUGUCGGUGCCAGUCGCCGACGCCAAUACCAAAAACCUCGAAACCCUCCUGAACACAAUACAAGGCAACGACGACGAUGAGCGGGUGCCGUAUCGGUUCACCUACCAGUCCGAGAAGGAAGGACAGACCAUCGAUAUCCUCGCCGACUUAUACCACUCCCUCCUUCAGCCGGGGAUAAAAACCACCGAAGAUACUAUCUCGCUGUACUUUACACCGCAAGCUGUCUUUCGAGUCAAGGCGGUGUCUCGCUGUGCGGCCUCCAUUGCCGGACACGGUGAGGCGAUUCUCGCGACAUCUUUCUCGCCGGUUUCAUCGUCUACGAUGGUGUCUGGCAGUGGCGACUCUACAGCGCGGGUCUGGGACUGCGACACGGGGACGCCGCUGCACACGCUCAAGGGCCACACGAGCUGGGUGCUGGCAGUGGCAUAUUCGCCGAACGGGGCAAUAAUCGCGACGGGUAGCAUGGACAACUCGGUGCGGCUGUGGGAUGCAAAGAAAGGCCAGGCGCUGGGCGGGCCGCUCAAGGGCCAUGCGAAGUGGAUCACGAGUCUCGCGUGGGAGCCAUACCACGUGCAGGAAGCCGGGCGGCCGCGCCUGGCGUCGGCGUCGAAGGACUCGACCGUGCGAUUGUGGGAUGUGGUGGCGAAGCGGAUUGACACCGUGCUCACCGGCCACAGGGGGUCGGUGACCUGCGUGCGCUGGGGUGGCACAGGCAAGAUCUACACGGCGUCGCAUGACAAGUCCAUCAAGAUCUGGAACCCGCAGGAUGGCACGCUGCUACAGACGCUGUCGGCUCAUGCCCAUCGUGUGAACCAUCUGGCGUUGUCCACCGACUUUGCUCUCCGCACCGCUUACCACGACCACACGGGCCGGGUGCCGGGGACGGAAGCCGAGAAGGUGGCUGCGGCGCGGAAGCGCUUCGAGCAGGCGGCAACAGUCAAUAACACUAUCGUCGAGCGACUGGUGUCGGCCAGUGACGAUUUCACGAUGUAUCUGUGGGAACCGUCCAGCUCGAACAAGCCCGUGGCUCGGCUGCUGGGCCACCAGAAGGAGGUCAACUAUGUCACCUUCUCGCCGGACAUGGCCUACAUUGCCUCGGCCGGGUUUGACAACCACGUCAAGCUAUGGAACGGGCGUGACGGCAAGUUCAUCAACACCUUCCGCGGCCAUGUGGGUGCUGUCUACCAGUGCUGCUUCUCAGCCGACUCCCGGCUUCUAGUCUCGUCGUCCAAGGACACCACCCUCAAAGUCUGGGACGUGCGCACCGGCAAGCUGUCAACGGAUCUACCCGGACACAAGGACGAGGUAUUUGCUGUGGACUGGAGCCCGGACGGGCAGAAGGUCGGCAGCGGCGGGAAAGACAAGGCGAUCCGAAUCUGGCGGAACUAA